AUGCGGGGAAAAAACUACGCAAAUAAAGGCGUAAGAGUUCUCAAUGAAGCAAGGUUUCGCAGUUCAGAUGAAGUGAUUUCUAAACGAUAUCCUAAGGAUCAAGCCAGUGGAAACGAAGAUGCUUCGCACAAACGGCCGGACAGAAACGGGCUAUCACAAACUCCAUGGAUCCAGAUGUCGCGUACAUUUUUGACUUGCGGUGAAGUGGUAUCAAGAGCUUCAUGGGAUCGUCGAGCAAAUGCGGUAGAUGCUCCGAGUAACGCAGAAGGAUAUCACCUCGACUGGAUGUUCACGGUGUGGUAA